GUCGGCUUGCCUCUAGGAAGAUCAGCACGCUUAUAAAUCGCCUGUUGGGUUCGAUAACGCUUUAGACAAGGCGUCAAUAGACCCCAUCGCACUCUCCUUCCUGAAAACUGGAUUCUGGCCCUGGUUUGCCUACUUCGCCGCCACGUUUCGCGACGAGCAAUGCGAGCGUUCUGUGUCACAGCUGUCUACCACCGAGUUGGGCUCAAUUAUUUGUGAACUAUCAUCGGUCGAAGUUAACCCCUCUCUUGUUAAUCGUCUUAAGUCCACGUUACAGGAUUCCUUCUGUGGCAAGUCACGCUGCAAAAAAUUGACGAAGCUCAACGUUAAAGGCUGCCCCAUAGUCCUGCCUGACGAGACUACCGCAGCACUACCCGAAGUCCAACCCGAAGCCCAACCUGAAUCACCUGCCUCCACGCGCCCGGAAUCGCAUUGUUCUCCCUCACUGGGCGAAACGCAUCCUCCGAUCUCGCCACCCGAUUCCCAUAUUCCUUCCUCGCUUUCCCAACUCAACCCGAAACGCCAACGCGUCGGAACUAGAUACCAGAACCGCUACCGAAGACCGGGCGCCGCCGGGAAUAGCCUCAUGGUUGCUGCUCCGCAGCAGACACCCUCGACCUCUGACGUCGCGAUCGGCGAACCCCUGGAGAUCCAUGAGCUCCCAGACUUCAAACCAGUGGAGCGUUGGGAACGCGCAUAUCCGGAAUCCAAACAUAUUCCUCUUUUGCUCGACCCUGCCUUGUGUAAUAUGAUUGUGAAGAAGGAUAACCAGGCUUGUAUUAUGGUCUCGAAUCCACCUCACUUAAACGGAGACUCUCGACUUGUCAUGGAUAUAUGCGCCGAAGAUGUUGAAUAUCUAGCAUUGAAACUUUUCGAACUACGUAUCCGGACUCGAGACGGUAUGAGGCAAGUCGUGAGCAACAGAGGUACAUUCAGGUCAAUCUUGGGAUUUGAACAUUACAACGGAUCCGACGCCUCUACAUGGAACGGUCUUUUUGGCAAUAUAGUUGCUGAUGCAAUGUAUCAAAGCUAUAUGCGUGUUGCCGAGAUUCUAAACGGCGACAUAUGGUCCUGUUGGCGUUCGAUGUGUGAUAUAGAAAUGAUGCGUGAUCCGAUGGCCCUUACAGAAUUGUCUGGUUGA